AAAAGUGACUGAAGACAGCGUGUAGGAUGAUGAUUAUGUUGAUUAUGUUGAUGAGUGAAGCCUGAUUUGCUCCGAUUUCAUCGACAAAAACUGGUGUAAUCGUCCUUUAUAUUGUUGACCUUAUUCCACCCAAAUCUUACGGCCCAUCUUCAAGCUUCUUUUCCUUCUUUCUGUCUUCUCUUCUUUCUCUUCCCUCUUCUUACUGAUCCCGAACAUCAUUUGUAAAACGCUAAUGUUUCGCUCUACAAUCAUUUUCAUGUGAGCUUCAUUGUUGUGCAUUUUAAUUUUAAACGUUUAAGUUUGCUUCGCAUUUAUAAAUAAAUCAAUAAGUGAAACAUUGUCCAACAUUAUUCUUUCCCGUUCUUAUUUUUUGUUUUCAUUUUUGGUUCCUUGGUUAACAAAGAUUGAUUGUAACGUCUUAAAUAGUGAUUGCUUUAAUUGCAAUCACCACUGAAUUUAGCCAAUAUGGUUAAAACCAACAAUCAACGUAAAUUUGAUUUUUGGGCAAUUUCUUUGUGUUUCAUCGUUACCUGCUAUGUAAUUCAAAUUGUCGCGCUUGUUGAUAAAAGUGAUGACUUCAUUGAAUCAGGUUCUGUUGAGGGAAUUCCUUGUGUUUCUAAUGGUAAAUUUUAUCGUAAUCCUGAGGUAAUUGGUAUCCGUGAUUGUGCCAAAUAUUACUGGUGUCCUCGAGGAAAGGUUCUUGAGUUUAGAUGUUCAUCUGGUCUUUGGUUUGACAUCGAUAGACAAAUUUGUGAUUUCAAAGCUAAGAUAAAUGCUCAAAAUUGUGAAAAAUCUCAUGAUGCAUCAACUCCUCGUCCUCUUUUGGCAACUGAAAGUCCAAUCUGCCCUGAAGGUCAAUUAGCUUGUGCUGAUCGGAAAUGUCUUAAUCGUGAUGUCUUCUGUGAUGGAACAGUUGAUUGUAAUGAUGGUUCAGAUGAAUCUUGGUGUGACCCAGAAAAUGAUCCAAACGCUCCAGGUCGAUGUGAUCUUAAUAAUUGUACUUUACCUGAUUGUUUCUGUUCUGUUGAUGGAACCCAAAUUCCAAAUAAUCUCAAACCCGAGGAAACUCCACAAAUGGUUAUAAUAACCUUUGAUGAUGCUGUUAACAAUGAAAAUUGGGAAAUUUAUCAGACAAUAUUCACUGCAAACAGAACCAAUGCUAAUGGUUGCCCAAUCAGAUCUACCUUUUUCCUCAGUCAUGAGUAUACAAAUUACCGUCAUGUCCAAAAGCUCUGGAACGAUGGACAUGAAAUUGCUGUUCAUUCAAUCACUCAUCGCCAGCCUGAGCUUUGGUGGACUUUUAAUGCUACAAUUGAAGAUUGGUUUGACGAGUUUGCUGGUAUGGCCAAUAUUAUCAACAAAUUUGCUGGUAUACCAUUGGAAGAAUUGAGAGGAACUCGGGUUCCUUUCCUCAGAGUUGGUUGGAAUACACAGUUGAUUAUGAUGAAAGAAUUUGGUUUUCUUUAUGAUUCUUCAAUGGUUCCUCCUAAAUCAGAUCCACCAAUUUGGCCUUAUACAUUUGACUUUAGGAUUCCUCACAAAUGUGCAGGUUCAUUACAAAAAUGUCCAUCCCGGUCUUUCCCAGGAAUGUGGGAGAUGGCAAUGAAUCCAUUGGAUAUUGAGGGUCAUACUUGUGCCAUGGUUGAUUCCUGUCCAACCCAUCUUUCAGAGGAAGAAGUAUUCACUCUGUUCCUUGAUAACUUCAACCGCCAUUACAAAACAAAUAGAGCGCCAUUUGGUCUAUUCUUCCACACAACAUGGUUUAAGGAUAAGAAAAACUUCAAGGUAUUCCUGCAAUUUAUCGAUGAAUUGAUCAAGAAACCAGAUGUUUACAUUGUUACCAAUUAUCAAGCCAUUGAAUGGAUGCGAACUCCAACACCAUUAAGCCAACUGAACAACUUUGAACCCUGGAAGUGUCAAAAAAAUAUUGACCCUAACCUAAUUGCUUGUAAUCAUCCUAAAUUGUGUAAAUUGCACAGUAGACAUUUGAGAGGUGAAAGAUAUUUACAGACUUGCUUUGAAUGUCCAGAGGUUUAUCCUUGGGUUAAGAAUGAGUUUGGCCUAGAAUUCAAGUAAUCUCACUUUUGACCAAAUAAUUUUUCUUUUUUUUGUGACCAAAAUACUCGUAAUAUGUUUUAAUUAAUUUCAAAUAAUGAAAAAAUCAUUUAAUUUAGCUUAUUAUUCAAAAUUAACUGCAUUGUAAUCACCAACAAGACAAUUUUCUUGUAAAAUUUUCUCAUCUUGGUGCAGCCAAUAACUAAAAUCAAUGAUGAUAGUUGCUACAAGCAGUUCAAUGAAUACGUAACUAAUCAAUUACUGAUAAAUAUUUUCAUAUUGAUUGAUUGACUCGAAAACUAAAAGCUUUUUUAAUAAAUUAAUUUCAAAUUUGU